AUGGGAUCAUAGCAAACUAAACAUAGUGAAGAUGAAACUCUUGAACUUCUUUAUUAAUUUGCAGGAUCACUAAAAGAGCAAGAACGAAUGACACAAAACCGCGAAAUGUACAUUCCUUUAAUAAACUCUUCACAAUCUGGAUCAAACAAUGCCAACAUUCUUAUUAGUAAAAACUCAAAGAAGGCCUACCUUCAGGAUUUGAGAAUCGACUAGAUCCACAAAAACCUCUAUUUGGAUCUUCAUAUCAUCCUUCCUUCCACAGAUUUCAUGAGUAUCAUGUUUAUAGCUAUGGAUGAAAAUGGUAAAAUUGAAAAGGUUGCUGUCUACAAUCACAAAGCAUCUAAGAGGAAUUCUCAUCAAGUAUUCCACAUAGGUGCCUAGGUUUAAAUUAUUAACCCAUACUACAAAAAUGCUUAAGAUGGGUAUCCAUUGAUUCGAAUAGAUGAUCCAAAAACUAUAUCUGUGAAGCCUACAGAUUAAGACCAGUUCUUUAAAGGUUUACUGAAAUUAACUAAUCAUCUCUUGCCCCUAGAUUAGGGAAUAGCAAAGUCUCUUCUUCAGCAUGCAGAAUCUAAUCCAUCCUUGAAAGGAGCCAAACUCGAUUCCCUUAAAAUAUUGGUAUCCAACUACCAGCCAAGCUAGACUUAAAGCUAAGAACCUAAAUAGCCUUAACAGCCUUAUUGGAAUGGACACCAUAUAUAAAUGCCAGAUUUUCAAAAUGAGAGCCCAUAAGAUAUGAUUGAUGAGAAUCAAAUGAAAGAGUUUCAAGAUAUGAUGGCUGAGAACGUUCAAAUCUAUCCUCUCUUUAUCAGAGCUUGUCAAAUGUCCUUGAAUAAACCAUAGGUAGCUAUCAACUCCUUUUAAUCAAUUCUGAAGUAGACUCAAAAGUAUGCUGUCAUCUAUUUCAACUGUGGAGAGAUUGCUUUCUAAUAAGGAUAGUAUGCUUUAGCUGAAUCAAUGAUGCGAGAUUAUUUGAAGCUUCAUGAAAAGAAGAAUUUUGUCUAUAGCAAACUUUAUUCUUUCGCACAUUACCAUAUUGGGGUGAGCUUGUAAUACCAACAAAAAAACCUGAAGGAGGCAGAAUUUUAUUUAUAAAAAGCAGUUUCGUUGGACUAAAAGAGUCUUGUAUUCUCUCAAGCUCUCAGCAAAUUUUAUUACGAAAUGAAUUAGUACGAUAAGUCUGCUUAAUUCUCUCAAGUUGUCAUAGACCAGUUUGAAAAGUAAGCCUAAAAGUUUUCACCUAAUUCUCAAACAUACUUAAAUGACAUUGUUGAACUAUCAAGAAUCUACCAUAUUUAAAUGUGUGCUGCAAAAAAAUCGAAGAAUAUGGAAGGCUUGUUUACUAGCGCUGAGAAUCUAUCUAAAUUAGAUGACCUAAAUUUUGAGUUCAUCAUAGGAGAGCUCAAUGAAGUGAUAAUGAGUGAUGAGUAUAGUUUCGAGGAGAAACAAAAGCUUUGUGAAUUAAUGAGUAAAUCUGAAGAGUUUGAGGUGCUUUUAGCAUUGCAGUAGAAGGACUUUAAUCUCAAACUUAAAUGCCACAAUGAGAUUUAGAAAAAAUACUAAAUUGAGGCAAUACAACCUCCUGUAUUCUAAUAGGACGAGUAGAAAUAAUUGUCUGCAGAUGAACUUGCAUAAAAUCAGCAAUUAUUAGAAGAGAAUAUUGAUUAGUAGCUGAUUCAUUUAAUCCUCCCUGAGAGAGCUGAUAUACCAUAAAAGCUCGAAUUUGAAGAAGCAAUGACCAAGAGAAAAAAUAGAAAUCGAAAAUAAACAAUAGACUAGUUCAGAUAGAAAGCAGAAGAAAAAAAGUAAAAGAAUUCAGGUUACAUUACGGAUAUGCAAUACUUUAACUAAAUUAUGUUAUCAUCUUCUCAGAGGAGAUCUAAUUUUAGAACAAAAUACAGAAAAAGAAGUUUCGUCAAGCAGCUGAGAAGGGUGUCGCUUCUUCUUAAUAUAAUUCAUCAGGAAUCAAAAUUAUACAACAAAAGAAUGGAGAAAAGUUAUUUGAACUCAAGAUAAUGGGUUAGGGAGACAGACUCAUUUGUGAGAAGGCGGUGAAAAUCGGCAAAAACAGAUUUGAAAUGCAGUUUUCUAAACUAUUAAACCAUAAAGAAGCAGAAAGAUUUAUUAAAUCAAGGGUGUG